CAAAUAGUAUUCUGCAGUGUGAAGUAAAACCAGUCGAAAAUCUUGCAUUAGUUCAGCUUGCAAAGUGGAAAUAACAUCUCAAGGCAAACAACUGUUCCCGGGACCCGAGGCACGUGUAAAGUUUUGGCGCUUACACAACAGCCCAUGUUUGAGAAAGUAUCUUCCAGCACCAGUCUCAAUACAUUAUUUUUCUUCCAGCACCAAACAGCCCAAAUAAAAUCUGCUUCCCAGGCCUGUGUUGAGAGGCGGGUCACUGAAUUUGACCUGAUGUCUUUAAAGGUGUCAUUGCAAUCUGAUCUCCAGAGUGCACCAUACAGGGUUAAAGCGACCCUUCAUAUUUGCUUCAUUAAUGCACCCUUUCUGCGCAAUUGACUGGAGGCGAGGGUGGCAGUGCCGUGAUUGUGUUUCCGUGAUGCUUCGCGCAGAACAGCACAUCCCUUAUCACCCCAUCAGCGCUGAAGCCUAUUUAAAGUCACAGAACUGAAAGAGAGAGGAAUUGCCCAGUCGGAUCCCACCGAACCACGCUCUCCCUUUUUGUUUUCCACACUAGUGAUCCUGUUUUCCCAAACACGUUGCCAAGAUGAUGAUCGGAAACAAAUACUGGGCAAAGAGGGGAAUGUCGCUGGACUCAGCCUUAUUGGAAGGGAAUCAGAUAACUAAAAAAUGUGAAGAGAAGAAAGGUGACAAAGAAAAUGGCAAGAAUGAGACUUCCAGAGCCACACUUGCUUUUGCUUUGAAAAACGAAGUUGGUGGACUGGUGAAAGCCCUGCAAAUCUUUCAAGAGAAGCACAUCAGCCUUGUUCACAUUGAGUCCAGAAGGUCAAAAAGGAGAGAUUCUGAAGUGGAGAUAUUUGUCGACUGUAGCAGCACUAAAGAAGAUUUCAAUGAACUGAUUCAGUUACUGAGGGCCCAGGCAAACAUUGUUUCAUUGAAUCUACUGACCAGUAACUGGAUGGAAGAGGAAGAGCUGAGCGGAGUUCUUUGGUUUCCAAAAAAGAUUUCUGAAUUAGACAAGAGUUCCCAGAGAGUCCUGAUGUAUGGCUCUGACCUUGAUGCAGACCACCCAGGCUUUAAAGAUAAUGUCUACAGAAGACGAAGAAAGUAUUUUGUGGAUGUUGCCAUGAACUACAAAAUUGGACAGCCCAUCCCCAGAGUUGAAUACACAGAGGAAGAAAUCAGGACUUGGGGAAUGGUGUUCAGAGAGCUCACAAAACUUUACCCCACUCACGCCUGCCGGGAGUACCUCAAGAAUUUUCCUCUCCUCACAAAGCAUUGUGGCUACAGAGUGGAUAAUAUCCCACAGCUGGAAGAUGUGUCCGCAUUUCUGAAAGAGCGAUCAGGCUUUCUGCUGCGGCCGGUGGCGGGAUAUUUGUCACCGAGAGACUUUUUAGCGGGGUUAGCAUUUCGAGUUUUCCACUGCACUCAGUACGUGCGCCAUGGCUCCGAUCCUUUCUACACGCCAGAACCGGAUACCUGUCAUGAGCUGCUGGGACAUGUGCCCCUACUGGCAGAACCAAGUUUUGCAGAGUUUUCACAAGAAUUGGGCCUUGUAUCCCUGACCGCAUCAGAUGAAGAUGUGCAGAAAUUGGCCACGUGCUAUUUCUUCACUGUUGAGUUUGGACUGUGUAAGCAAGAAGGACAACUGCGUGCUUAUGGUGCUGGGCUUUUGUCAUCUAUCGGGGAACUAAAGCAUGCGUUGUCAGACAAAGCGAUCGUCAAACCAUUUGAUCCAAAGACAACCUGUACCCAGGAGUGUCUCAUUACCACCUUCCAGGAAGCCUAUUUUUUGUCUGAAAGCUUUGAGGAAGCCAAGGAGAAAAUGAGGGAAUUUGCAAAGUCAGUCAAACGGCCCUAUUCUGUCCGCUACGACCCAUAUACCCAGCGCAUUGAGAUGCUGAAAGAUACCAGGAGCAUUGAAAAAGUAGUUCAAGAUAUCCGCAGAGACCUCGCGACUGUGUGUGAUACUCUAUCGAAGAUGAACAAGAACUUUGGAAUUUGAGGACAUGCACGUCAAUCUCAUAUCCAUUUUGGUGUAAACACUGCUAGCAGAACUGACCCUGAAUACUGUGAUGUACCCUAUUUGCAGACAUAUUCGUGACUUGUUUGGAUGUUUUAGCAAAGUUUCAUCUGCUCUGGGAUGUGUUCCACACCAUCACAGCACAAAACAAUGUGGUGGAAAACCCAUUCAGUUUCUGUUACUUUAACAAAAGGUUAUGAAAGUGUAGACCCACCCCAUUGCUCAAAGGUUGACCACAUAAUAUCAGCGUCUUGUGUAGUUUUGUUUGAGAGAGAAUGUACUAAACUACACUUUGUGGACCUGAUGAAUUUCCCAGUAAAAUCUGGCACAAAUAUCUAUCUGAAGAAUGAGUGUUACAUUAUGGGUGUCAGUAGUGGUAGUCUAAAAAGGGAUAAUAUAAAUAGACAUAUUCACACUUCCAAGAAACAAUAAUUUUGUAAUAUUUUUAUAAUCAAAUAAUGUCCUACUCUAAAAUAGAUUCUAGAAACUAGAAAAAGCAGAAUAUUUUUUUGAAAGAUGAAUAUAGGUCCAUACAGGAACCUAGUUUUGCUGGUUUAAAAAAAGCAAAUAGUAAACUUGAAGGUGCAGAAAGCAAAUGAAAUACUGUAUUUUAUAGCAAAAUGGUUGGGAGUACAGAAUUCAAGUACUCAAUUCUUGGUUCAAAUGGGUGUCAAGGGUUAUGGGGAGGGCAGGAAAAUGGGAUUAGGAGGCAGAGAUCAGCCUUGAUUGAAUGGCGCAGUAGAUUUGAUGGGCCGGAUGGCCUAAUUCUACCCCUAUAAUGUGAACGUGAAAAUCUCCCGGCAUUUUUGUUUGACAUUGAAGCAAUGUUCCUUUAAAACCUAUGGAGGUUGAGUAAAGAAUGGGAUUUGCAAUUGUGAGUUUUUCAGAAAAGAUUUGUUAUGUCUCCUGAAAAAUUGGCAUUGUUGAUUUGAGGGUGCAGAUUCCUCAUAGAGAAUGGAAACAGGGCAAUUGGCCCAACGUGCCCACGGCAACCAACAUACCCCAUCUACACUAUAUACCUACCAUCCUUUGUGUAAAAAAAAUUGCCCCUCUCCUUAAAUCUAGGUCCUCUCGAUCUUGAUUCUACAGCUCUAGAUAAAAGACUGUGCAUUCACCCUAUCUACUCCUCUCGUGAUCUUAUACACACACAGAGAGUGGUCUAUGUAUGUUUUUGUUUCCCCUGUGAUUUCAGUAGAAAGAACAAGAAACAGAUUGAAAUGUGAUCGCAACAUAUGACAUUGUCUCUGGUAUAUUGCGAGAAAUUGAUUUGAAAUGAACAGGAAUGGUGUUCUCCAUUAAUUCACCAAACUAAUAUUUACAAAUGUAUUGAUGGACUCCUGUUUGUAACCCUUGUCAUGGAGCAACCCCCAGUAUCCUGCAGAGAGAAAACACUGCAGCUAAGGGGCGACAUGGUGACACAAUGAUAGAGUUGCUGCAUUACAACGCCAGAAACCUCGGGUUUGAUCCUGACCACGGGUUCUGUCUGUACGUUCGGCCCGUGACCUGCGUGGGUUUUCCGUGGGUUCUCCAGUUUCCUCCCACAUUCUAAAGAAGUACAGGUUUGUAGGUUAAUUGGCUUCAGUAAAGAUUAAACUGUCUCGUGUGGAGGAUAAUGCUAGUGUAUAGGGAUGGCUGGUCAACAUGGACUGGGUGGCCAUAGGGCCUGUUUCUGCACUGUAUCUCUAAACAAAACUAAACUCUAAUGUUCUAACAGAUGUGGCCAAAAUUUGAAUAAUGGCCAAAGAUCUCUUUCACAUUUUAAAUAGGAGGUGUUUUAUUUAAAUCUUGGGGUUGCCAAGUACACAUGUAAAACUGAUAAAUAUGUUGAACAGUGCAUUCUGGCUGAACAAUUUUAAACAUUGGAUGGGUCACAGGGUUUAUACAGAAUGAAAUCGUUUAAAGUUCAAUUCUCACGUUUAUGAUCAAAAUAGGGAAUAACUACAAUGUGGGUUCUCAAAUUGAUAUAUUCUUUCUGAUCAUAGCAUGGAUGGAUCACUAUGUAAUUGUGUUGCCCUGAUCACACUGUCUGCUUCCAGCUGUUUGCUCUGUUGUGGCAGGACUUCUAGCAGUCAAGCCACUGGCAGGAUGUUCCUCUGUCUUUUUGUCAUAAUUAGCAGCUUUUUAAGCGACGUGAAGUUUAACUUUGGUAGAUGAAAAUGCGAAAUAAAUCUAACUAUCAUACCUCGUUCAUUUUCCAGUGGCAUUGCUCAGUUCAUUUUGCUUCAAGAACUCUUCAGAUGAUGGUCUUGAAUAAAUUACUGUGAUACCAUUGUCCACGAGCAAUUAUGAACUUUCUCUUUAUUGAAUUUUGAAUUAACGAUACAGCGUUGAAACAAGCCCUUCGGCCCACCGAGUCCAUGCUGACCACCGACCACCCAUUCACAUUACUUCUAUGUUAUUCCACUUUUGCAUUCAUUUCCUACACAUGAGGGGACGUUUUACAAAGGCCAAUUAACCUGCAAACCCGCACGUCUUUGGAAUGUGAGAGGAAACCGCGGAGCACCCGAAGGUCACCCGAAACUCAUGCGGUCGACGGUGGAAUGCGCAAACUCCACACAGACAGCACCCAAGGUCAGGAUCGAACCUGGGUGUCUGUCCCUGUGAGGCAGUGGAGGUUUACAUUUCAGUGGAGGUGGCCCUCAAAGAAGGAAUGGUUCAAAGUCCAAACAGUAGGAACCUGUAGGCUUUUCUGUGCUGUUGCUUCACCUGGUUUGAAUUGAUCUGAUUUAGUGGGAGUUCUGCAAUGACCAUAAUGAGAAUUAGUGAUACUCUUGGAAAAUAGUGAACCAGGAACUCUGUGGGCAUCUCUGUCGACUUUGCUCCACCAAGUUUGCGCUGACCAGUGAUCACCCCAUACACCAGCACUAUCCUACACACUAGGGACAAUUUACAAUUUACAAAAGCCAAUUAACCAACAAACCUGCAAAUCUUUGGAGUGUGGGUGGAAACUGGAGCACCCGGAGAAAACUCACACAGCCACAAACUGUGCAGAGAGCAUGCGUGGUCGGGAUCAAACCAGAGUCUCUGGCGCUGUAAGGCAGCAACUCUACCACUGUGCCACUGUGCUGCCCUUGAUUCACAGGACUCAGGAUGCUUUGCAACAGUUCAUUGGUGUCUUCUUUUUUCAAACAUAGUUUAUUGAAUGUAACGAUAUGCAGGUAGACUACCACUGGAGGAUUCUCUUGCAUGUCCUGCAUGUGGUUUAUUCCAUUUGCAGUUCGGCCCCAAGCGAAAACGAUCUGGGAUAAGAUUCCCUGGGAUGGCGGGACUGUGAUGUGAGGAAAGAUGGAA